GCCCUGCGCCCCCCUCUCCCGUUCUUUGUCUGUCUCCGCCGGCGGCAGCCGGAGCUGCGUUCUUGGCUCCCUAUUGGUUGCUCCAAGCCGGUAGGCCAUGACGUUGCUUUAUUUGCAUAUGACAUUGAGACGUCACCAAGGCCAGCCCCGCCUUCCAGGCUUGCUUGGGUGCUUGUCCUCUGGUGACCCGGUGGGCGCUAUGUCGUGCCCGGCCGGCCGAGGGUUGAAGAGACGCUGAAAGACAAGCGGGACCCGAAGGGACUCGGCGGUUUCCUGGGCUAAUCUAGGGCCUGGGGUCAGUCCUCUCAUCUGUUUUUUCCUUGCGACCUGAGAGAGGGUCGGACAGCAAAGCUCGAUUUAAGUUGAGAGCGUGGUAGGUAGAUGGAGCUUCAGACUCCAGGUCCUGGAGACACUACCAGAUGGUAGCGGAUCCCCUCUGUCUUCAGGCUCCGCCCCCUAACAUAAUAACAUCCUUCUAAUCCCUGACAUGUGUGCAGAGCCUGAGUUGAUGUCAUUUUUCAGCCUACAAAUAUUGAGGGUCUUAAACCCCACUCCUCGGAAGAUGAAACUGAGACUCAGAGAGACGUAGUUUACUAGAGAUCUCAGGCAAUUAGAAUCACACUCACUAAGUGGCAGAUUCCGUAGCUGAAGUAGAAGCUACAAGCUAUGCAUACAUCUACUGAGGACCCUAUCUUGGGUUCAGCACCAACCACAAUUUGAUGGGAUGUUUCAGUCUUCAUGAUCCUGGACAUUUUCCCAGGAGGUCUCUGAAAAUUGGGUCUCUUACAAGGCCCUGACCACCUCUGCCUUCUUUCUACUUCAAAACCCAAUAAAUGGCCGUCUCCCAGCUGUUUUGACCACAGAAAGGUCUUUGAACUGCCAUAGGGCGCCCCCUUGAGGUUGCUUCACCCGCUGACCAUGUUCCAGCGCUUCACCAGCCUUUUCUUCAACACCCCUGCGCCUCCUGAAGACUCCAACUGUCCGGGGGCCUUUGUCUCUGAGGAGGAUGAAGUGGAUGGAUGGCUCAUCAUCGACCUACAGGACAGCUAUACAGCUCCUCCCGACCCCGGGGCCUCGCCUGCUCCUGCAGGCCGCCCUCCACCCGCGCCCUCCUUGAUGGACGAGAGCUGGUUUGUUACCCCUCCCGCCUGUUUUACUGCAGAGGGGCCCGGCCUUGGGCCUGCCCGCCUCCAGAGCAAUCCACUGGAGGACCUCCUCAUUGAGCAUCCCAGCAUGUCCGUUUAUGUCACCGGCAGCACCAUAGUGCUGGAGUCUGGGCCACCUUCCCCUCACCCUGAAGCUGCCUUGCCUGAUCAGGACCUCAGCGAUGGAGAGCUGGCGCCUGCCCUCCGGGAACCCAGGGCCCUGCACCACGCAGCUGCUCCUAUGCCCGCUCGAGCUGUGCUGCUGGAGAAGGCUGGCCAGGUGCGGAGGGUGCAGAGAGCCCGACAGCGGGCUGAGCGCCACACAUUGAGUGCUAAAGUGUUGCAACGGCAGAAUCGCGCCCGGGAGAGCCGUUCGCGCCGGCCCAAGCACCAGGGCAGCUUCAUUUACCAGCCGUGCCAGCGCCAGUUCAACUACUGAGCGCCCCUGCUGCACCGCGAAUCCCUGGUCCCAUCCGCCUCCUCUGCAGCAGCCAGUGUGCUGCUCGAGGGUGUUGAGGGUCCACCCGCCUCCAUCUGGAUACCACAACCUCCCUCCUUCCUAAGUUUUGAGGUGGGGUGAUGGCCCUCUACUUCCCUGUUUAUAGUCUAACUUACCUAUUAACCUCUCUCAUCCUGGGUCAUCCUCCCUCCCCCCUUCUCAGUGUCUGAUUCUCCACCCUCACACUCCCCACACCCACUCUCCCAUGCUUUUUAGGACCUCUAUUCUUGUCUCUCGCCCCCUCACCUUUCCCCUCUUAGCCCACCCGAUUCCUAAGAGCCUCUCCCACUCUAACCUGGCACCUUCUCCGCUUCAGCUCCUACUUUCCAAGACUUACUCUUCUGUUUGGGAUUGCUCCCACUCCUGUUGCCUUUUUUUCAUUCCUGGCAAUUCCCUCCCAAUCCUGCAGGUGCAACCUGCCAGGCCUGGGCCAUUGUCCUCACCCUGUAGUCAGGGAUCAGGCAUGGGUUUUGAUUUCAGUUUUCCCCCUUUCUCUGCCCUAGGGGCUGGGCUCCUUAUUGCUGCUUAGGCCUAGAAAGUUUAAGUAUGUGGAAGAGGACAGUGAGUUGUAAGUUAGAUAAGGUGAAGGGAAUGGAGGGAAACGGGCAGCCUAGUGGGAGCCACAGAAGGGGACAGGUGGGUUGAGAAGUAGCAGGGAGCAGGGCAUCUUGGGAGCUGGUAUUGUGCUUGGUCAGAGGAGCUAAGCCCUGGUCUUAGGCCUGAGCCUGGAGUCUGCCCCCAUUUCCUUUUCCCAUAAUCCUGCCUUCCAGUUUUUUUCCCCCCUGAAAUCUGUCCUUCAGGAGUAACCCCUACCCACCCUUGCCCCUGUGAGUCUGGAGUCCGAAGGGCUUGUACCUUGUCACCUUACCUUGUCAUGCCACCCCAGGAGUAGAAGCUGGGUAAGGCCCCAUCAUCCUGGCCAUCUCUGUUCAUAUGCCCAAGGUGCUAGAAUUAGCUUAGGAGAGAUGCAGGCCAGAGGGUUUCCAGGCAGGGAAAAGGAAACACACCCCAAGGCAAGAAUGAGGAGGCAUGAUGCUAAGGAGGACAACUAUGAGGUAAAGCCAUCCCCAGACUGACAGCUCUGCCUUCAUCUUGCCUCUGGCCUUAUAUUUCAUACUUUGUUCAAAAUGGCUGGAUAAUAAACACUCCUGGGUCGAGGAGGCCAGGAGCCUCACUGUCCCAAUUCCCAAAUUUUUCUUACAGAGAUUCAGGGCCUUCAAGAGUCUUCUCCCACAGGGCUCUGAGUGCCCUAUGAUCCCUCCCCCCUUUCUAAUUCAAUAUCUGGAGUAAGGAAUUCUUGGGUAGGGCACAGGGAUGGGGUUGCCAGCUUCUUCCUUCUUGUGGUGGGGCUCAGACACCAGCAACAGCCUCUUGGGAUGCCCCAAGUUGUUUCCGGUUCUUUCUAGCUGUCCUUUUUUAAGUGUGUGCUCUUCCUUCCUUAAAACCUUUAGAUUUCCUGUUACAUACUAACACAGGUCUUCCCUUUCCCUCCAAUCCCAGGUUUCAGGCCUCAGAGCCAAGCCAGGGUUGGAGAAAACUGCAUUCCUACGAGGGUAAAAGUAGCUGCCCUCUUUGAUCCUUUCUUACUAGGCUUCAUGUGGGGUGGGAGAGGAUGUCCCCAGGAUGGGGACAGAGGAAGCCCUGCUAGGGUCUCCUAGCCCAGUAAGCCAAAUGGGAACUAUAAGCAGAUCAAAAUUUUACACUAGCUUAUUAGGGCCCUAUUAGUCGAUAACCUUGUUCCUGUCCCAAGUUCUUCAGUUACAACCUAGUACACUUACUCUUCCAACUGUCCUAAGGGUCACUUCCCAGCCAGCUUAGGAUCUUCAGCAUUUUUAAGAGCUGAAGCUCCCUCUUGCCCUUCUUGUCUACUCCUCACUGCCAGUUGGGGCCUAGGCUCAGUCCUGGGCAAAUGUCCAUGAUCCUGCUGCUGUAGGAAGCUUGAUAGGGCAUUUGGCUCAAAUUUCAGAAGGCCUCGCUCCUGACCUAAUUUCUCAAAGCUCCGGUAGUUCUAGACCCCUCCGAUUUCUCAUCUGGUUGCAAGGCUUAUUUUUCUUUUGUACUUUCCUAUAGAUGCUGUAGCAUUUGAGUGUGGCAAUAUUUUUGUUGUGUAUAGAUGUCUAAGAACCAACACUACUCAGUCUCCUGCUAGUCUGACUCCUGAAGCAUCAGACCCUGUCAUACUGUAUUGACUGUGUAUGUGCCUUUCACCUUGAGCAUGCUUCAGGAUUUUUUUUUUUUCUUAAACCACAGAACUUGAAUACACAAGGGAACCAGAAUUCAUAAAGUCCUAUGCAACCCUAGACAGGAGGAGGUUAGAGAGUCUGUCUUGAUUUGUGGUUUCAGAGACCCUAGAGAAAUUUGUACCAGUUUGUAUUAAAGUCAGUACUACCAGCACUUUGCCAAAACUAAGGAUGUCAGAGGGACCUGUUUCUAGAGUGAGUCCCAAUUACAUCAAAGGGCAACCUGCAGCUUUCUCCAAUAAGUCUGAGUGGUUCUCUUGAGCUGGUGUCACUUUCUAACCUUUGCCAGUCUAGCCCCAGCAGGGCAGGCACUGUGUGUGUGAGUGCGGUUUGGUGCUGUUUUGGAGUGUGCCUGCCCCCCCAGCCUGCAACCCUCUGAUCAACUUGCUGGGACCUAUAACGUCUUAGGUGCAACAAGGACCCUACCAGAGCUCCUGGGUGGCUUUGUGUGAGGGGACUGAACGCAGACAAACCACAGCCUGCUUCUAAUACCUUCUUUCCCUACCACCUAGUUCCAAAUGGAACCAACAAGUUGAGUGCAUCUCUGUUGGGUGUUUUGUAUUGAGACUGGCUGAAGUGAAGAAUCUUUGACUGACCAUGUUGUGAUGUGUCGACAGACUCAAGGACACAACCACCUCGACCUGGUCAUGUGGCAUGCCUGUGUAUGUGUGUAACAGGAUUCUGAAUGUUAGGUUGUAAUGCUAUUCCUGUAUGGGAGAAAAAAUAAUAUAAACAAAUAAAAAUCUAUUUAAAGCACAUUA